AUGGGUACUGCAGAAUCUAAGCUUCGUAGUCCUAAUAAUACCGGACGUACUGCGCCUAAAUCUAGCAAUAGGUCUAUGAACAAAUAUGGCAGGAGUGACCGACUAAUAGUCAAGCCAGGGAUGUUUGUUCAAAAUCACAAUUCAGUUUUUUCCGAGAAUUACAAAGCCAUAAAAUUACUGGGUAAGGGCUCAUUUGGGGAAGUUUUGCUCUGUUGCAAUAGGUCUACUGGUAUGCAAUGCGCGGUAAAAAUUAUCUCCAAAGGCAAUGUAAAAAGGACUUCAGACCGCGAGUCGUUGCUAAGGGAGAUAGAAUUGCUUAAGGAGCUUGACCAUCCGCAUAUUAUGAAAUUGUUUGAAUUUUUCGAGGAUAGGGGGUAUUAUUAUUUAGUCACCGAAUACUACUCCGGUGGCGAAUUGUUUGAUGAGAUAUCAGCAAGGAAGAGAUUUAACGAAUUUGACGCUGCAGUUAUUAUUAAACAGGUGUUAAAUGGUAUAAAUUAUAUGCACAAACACAAUAUCGUACAUAGGGAUUUGAAACCAGAGAAUUUGGUUUUGGAGAGUAAAAAUGAUAUUAAACGCAUAAGAAUCAUUGACUUUGGACUCUCCACUCAUUUUGACGUGGAUAAAAAAAUGAAGGAUAGGAUUGGAACUGCAUACUACAUUGCCCCGGAAGUGCUUAAAGGCACGUACAAUGAGAAAUGUGAUAUAUGGUCUACAGGUGUCAUUUUGUACAUUCUUCUUUGUGGAUAUCCACCUUUUAAUGGCCCCAAUGAAAAUGAAAUUAUUAAAAAAGUAACUGCAGGGAAGUUUAGCUUCAGUGGUCAGCAAUGGAGCAGGGUUUCUGAUGGCGCCAAGAAUCUUAUUGAGAAAAUGCUUACAUUUAACCCAUAUACUAGGAUCUCUGCUGAUAAGGCUUUACUUCACCCUUGGUUAUGCAAGCACACAAAGGAUGACCCUACCAAUUUACCUCUACUCGAAAACACAAUUAAAAACAUUCGUAGCUUUCACUAUACUCAUAGGCUCGCUCAAGCUGCACUAUUAUACAUAGGCUCUAAGUUAAUGUCUAAAGAUGAGACGAGAGAUCUAACCGAUAUUUUUAAGAAAAUGGACAAGAAUGGGGAUGGCCAAAUAGAUCGUGAUGAAUUGAUUUCAGGGUAUAAGGACUAUGCCAGAUUGAAAAGAGAUGUAAAUUUUAAGGAGGAAAUGGUGGAGGAGUAUGUAGAUAAUAUUCUGCUCCAGAUAGAUUUUAAUAAAAACGGUUUUAUUGACUAUUCAGAAUUCAUCACUGUGGCCGCAAACUACAGCAGCCUGACAUCUAAUGAUAAACUGGAAGAAGCAUUUAAGUUGUUUGAUGCGGAUAAAUCGGGUAAAAUUUCUUCAAAGGAACUGUCCAACGUUUUUGGUGUUAGUUAUCUUGAUCCUGUUGUGUGGAAGAAUAUAUUACAGCAAGUGGAUUUGAAUCGUGAUGGUGAAAUCGAUUUCAUCGAGUUCAAGGCUAUGCUCAGAAAAUUCCGUUAA